GGUUAGCUGGUUAGUAAAUGGCGGUUGUGAACAGGGUGGACAGUAAACAUUACCACGGUUAUAACUGUCUCAUUAUCAUCACAACAUGUACUCGAGUGUGUCGGAAAUACAGGGCAGUUACAAAAUGUUUAUUUUCAAAUUUCAGGUCGGUUCAUUUCUCGUGCUGACAGGAAAUUCACUGCAAAACAAACGAAAACGACGCAAACGUCGAACUGAUGGAGAAGGAAGAUGGAGCCAAAGACACGGAGUCUGAGGAGGCUGAGCUCCGUCUGAAGGUGGAGUCGCUGAAGCAGGAGCUGCACCAGUGCCGAGCCGAGCUGGCCAAGUUACAGAAACAACUGAACCAGUCUGAACGACAGCAGAGGAGCACAGAGAGCUACAACGAAGACCUGAGGAAACAGGUUGACCAGCUGAGCGUGGAGAUCCAUGAGCGGAAGAAGAAAGAUAAAGACAAAGUCGACAUUGAAACUCAGACAGAAGAAUAUGUUUGGACAGAAACAGAUUAUUACAACUACUACUAUGGAGGCAACCCAGAGGCUUCAGACACUAAAGAUGGCCUGAACGCUGUAGAAGCCGUGAAUGUAGCUAAUGGCGGUGAGGCAACAGAGGUUUCAACGCCAAUUGAAGCAGCGACUGCUAAUGCUGACCCUAAUGACAGUGUUGCGGUCACAACAGAGGAGGGUAAUGGAGGAUCCAUAGCUGACAUGUUGAGGGCUACUGCUGAAGAGGCUAUGACACAAACUGGGUUUGUCUUUGAUGAGACUACUGGGAUGUACUAUGACCACAGCACAGGCUUCUACUACGACUCGGCCAGUCAGUUGUACUAUGAUGCCAACACAGGCAUUUACUACUACUUUGAUGCAGAGAGUGGACGAUACCAAUUUCAUUCCAGGAUUGAGGUUCCUGCUACACAAACUGCUGCAGAGCCUUGCCAAGACAAGGGUACUGGUGAAAAAAAGAGCAGAAAGCUUAAGAAAGGGUCCAAGAAAACAUCACUCCAGGAUGAUAAGGAACUCAUAUUUGAUGAGGUAAAGUUGGAAGAAGAAGAAAUUGACUGGGUUGAAAAGCAAACAACAAAGAGGGUCAAAAAACUGAAACGAAAGUCUCACAGUCCGGAUGAGGCUCCACGUAGAAAACACUCUACCAAACGCAGAGAGGAAAGCGACAAAACUUCAUCAAAGAGGAAGAAGCAGAAAACGGGUUCAAACAAUGAUAAGGAUAGAUCAAAGAGGGAAAAGAAGAAAUCCAAAUCAAAAAAGCUGAAGAAGAAAAAGAGUCCGGCUCGGAUCGAUGCCUCUGAGGGAAACAGCGAACCGGAAGAGGGUGAGAUCACAGAGUCGGAGAGAGAAGAGUGGGAGUCCACUCCCUCCUCCUUAUCAUCUUCUAGCUCCAGCUCCAAGGAGAGCCCAGAGUCAGAAAUGGAGACUCAGAGUCAUGAAGUCAAAGACAUUUGGCCGCCCUGUGUUAGAGUGACAGUGGUCAGAUCCCCAGUGCUGCAGGUGGGCACUCUGUUCAUCAUCACAGCCGACUCUUCAGCCACCGUUGGCAGAGAGAAGGACAUGGACCAUGCAAUCCGAAUACCAGAAAUGGGAGUCAGCAAGUUCCACGCAGAGGUGUACUUUGACCAGGAGCAGCAGGGCUACAUGCUGGUGGACCAGGGAAGCCAGAAUGGAACAGUCAUUAAUGGCAACAGGAUCUUGCAGCCCAAAACCAAAUGUGAGCCACAAGCACUGAUGCACGGCGAUGAGGUGAAGAUGGGAGAGACUGUACUGUCUUUUCAUAUCCACUCGGGGACAGAUACCUGUGAUGGCUGUGAGCCUGGUCAGGUGAUGGCUCACCUCAGCAAGCACAAGAGAGAGGAGAAUACAGGCCCUACUCUCACAAAAGAGGAUAAAGAAGCACUGAGACAAAAGGAGCUGAAACAGAUGAAAGCAAAAUAUGGCCUGCAGAGCAGUGAGUAUGAGGAGGUCAAAGCUAUAAGGAACCCCAGAUACCAGGACAGAGCAGAGUCUCGACGACAGACGGUGGGCAGCGAGGGUGUUUUUCAACGAGAUGAUGCUCCCGCUUCUGUUCAUCAGGAGAUUAGUGAAGUCAAUAAAGGACGGAAAAUGCUGGAAAAGAUGGGCUGGAAGAAAGGAGAGGGACUGGGUAAAGAGGGAACUGGAAUGAAAGAUCCGAUUCAGUUGAAAAUCAGAAAGUCCCAGUCAGGUUUGGGGGCUGGUGCCGCCAUGUCUCUAGACUGCGUCUCUAUUACCAAGUCAAAAUCCCAAAAGAACUGGGAGAAAGCGCGAGAGAGAUUUGCCGAUUCGUGCCAGCCUGACAUGCUGUUGCCUAAAACACAGAUGAACAAGUCACCGAAAGCCUGGGUCAAAGGAGAAGAGACUGAGACUACAAACACACAAGCAGGUGUUGAUACAAACGACCAAAGUUUGGAAUAAUUGAGAGUGAAUAAACUUUACUGCCUGAGAAACACUAUUUUCUACAUAAGAAAUCAUCGCUGAAGACCACAGCAACCAAUCAAAUGUGGGCUGGUUACCUCUUAUCACAACUGUUCUGAAGCAAGUAUGUCAUAAUGAUUAGUCUGUCAAUUUGUACAAAUCCACUGAUGUGCAUUAACAGAAUUUAUAAAUGUUACAAUCGUGGUUGUAGAAUGUGUGGUUUUUUUUCAUAACUGAACUGUGUGGAAUGUUUACAGUCAAAAAGAGGCUGAAGACCGGCAGUGUGUGUUUCAUGGUCCAUUGUGUCUGUAGUCCAGCCUACAGAGGGCAGAGCUGCCACUAUGCCUCCCAGAUCAAGAGGACAUGAAUCGCCUCCAGCAAAUAUUGACACAAUGAAGUUAUAUUUCUCACAAUAAGAUCAUGCUAUGAUUCAACAACUGGAUCCGUUUAGAACGCACUAACUGAUCAUGUUUAACCACUGCUUGGUGUAACAGCGUCCCAACAAAACAAAAAAGGUGCUCCAUAUUAAA